AUGUAUGCGUUUGAAAAAAAAGAAGAAACCUAUUUCACCAAAGCUAUCUAUGCAUAUGGGAUAAACAGGAGCAUCAAGAAUCCAUUUUAUCUACUAGAGGAUAACUGCUUUUUCUACUGCAUAGGGACAAAUGGAGUCAUCCACUCACUUUCGGAGAAAAAACAAAAGUUUCUACUCAGCGAUGAGAGCAGUUACGGGAUUGUAUGUCUGGGGAUAAGCAACGAUAGGAAGCUCCUAGUGCUAGGGGAGAGGUCCGUUAGGAAACCUUUCCUUUCCAUAUACACCAAUAAUUCUAAAUUGGUGAAAAGGUUAACCUUAGAAAUUGCAGACAAUGAAUGCAAAAUUAUGAACGUUUCCUUUUCCUCAAAAAAUAAAUAUGUGUAUUGCUUAACGAGUGGGAGUACGAAGAGCCUCUUCUUCUGUUACGACUGGCUACAGGGGAAGUUAAUGUUUUGCAAGAUUUUUUCUCCGUCGGUUUUUUCCGACUAUUGUGAAAUUUGCCUGAACGCUCAGAAUUCGUCCUACAUUGCGCUGCUCUCGGUGUCACCUGUGAAGAGUGGUGUGAACAGCGGUGCAACCAGUGAUGCCAUUGGCCAGGUGACUGCUAAUGUGACGCCAAAUACAACAGCCAGCGUGACGGCCGAUUACACCACCCUUGGACAGAGCAACCACGUCGACGGAGGACAGAAGGCGGAGGGGGAAAGGCCCCCAAUGGGGCCCCCCACUCAGCGGCACGUAUUCCUGUACCAUAACGUCGAAAGAAACUUAGUAGAAAUAAAAAUAAAAAAUAAAAAGCUGGACAAAAUUGACCGUAAUUUUACUAAUUGUUGCUGGCUAAGUGAUGGCGUUCUCCUACUAACGAACAAAAAUAAUCACCUCAUAUUUUACGAUGUUAAGAAGGAGAAGGUAAAGAUAUACAACAAGCAUUUGAGUAACCUGGAGAUUGUAAAGGUGGUUUGUCUUUCGAGGGGCUUCCUCCUCUUCGAUUAUGAAGGUGUGCAUGUUUAUGAGAGGUCCGCUGAUUUGAGCACGAACAUGUGCUACGUAUUGAGGUAUUCCGUUCGAUUCAAUUUUUCCGCUCUGAUGAAUGGCUACUGUUUGGUUUCCCCGUGUGAGAAAUUUUUGUAUUUCUUGGCUCAGGAUGGGAACUUGAAGAAGUUCGACAUGUGGCGGGGUAGAUCCGGUGGGGGAAAGGGCGAAGAGCAGGUUGCCCUAGGGGGAAGUAAGUGGGACAAUGGGUUGGAUAUGGAACUAUCCACCAUUGGUGAUGACAUAUUACCUACCUGUGAUGAGAACACCCCACUUGACAUGGGCAGCCACCCCCCCUUCAAGCACUACGAGAAACACGUCGAAACGGUUCUGGAGGACGUGAGUCCAGCGAAGAUAAACGAUUUCGAUGUGUGCAUGAAGCCUCCCCUAAUUAUCCUAUGCUAUGAUGACAACGUGAUCAAAAUGAUCAACUACAAGAAGAAGGAAGUGGUCAUGUCGAACUCCUUUAACAACGAACCGUUACACUUGUCUAUUCAUUGUUCGGGACAUCUACUUCUGGUGGCUUUUACAGAUAAACUUAGACUAUUCCACAUUUUGUAUAAUAAGCUAAAAAUAAAAAAAGAAUUUUUUCUAAAAAAUUGUUCAUGCUGCAAAUUUUCCAACGGGGGAAGUUUCAUGGCGGUCUCAAAGAUAUCUACAAUCUAUAUAUACAAAACGUAUACGCACGAAUUGUUGUAUGUGUUGAAGUCUCAUGUGAAUUACAUCACGGACCUGGUCUGGAGCUGCAACGACUUCACCAUCUUUUCGAUUGGGAAGGACGGCUACCUUUUUGAGUACUCCCUCUACAAUAAUGGAAACAAAAACAUGGAAGUGAUGCAGAAGGAUAAAAAAUUUCUAAGCAUCGAUUUAGAAAUUUUAAACGAAAAAAAUAAAAAAAAGGAAAGCAAUGAACAAAAUAAUGAUAAUAGUCCCAAUCAAGGGAAGUAUGGAAGUGAGUAUAAAAGCUUUAACAACCUACGAACAAAUGAAAUGAAAAAUGUGUUCGUAUCCUGUGAUGAUAAAACGAUAAAACAAUUUUGCAAUUCUAAAGUGGAAUGCGUCUUGGAAUCAGAAUAUGUUGUCGAUAAAAUAUUACUUUAUAAAAAUAAAUUUCUCAUUGCCUCAUUUUAUAACGGUUUUUACUGCAGAAUACGAUUUUAUGUUCUUCCACUUUGUGGAUUAUAUUUGGAAAUUCCUUGCCACAUUCUGAACUGUGUUAAUUUGAAACUAGACGCAAAUGGGGAGCUGCUUUUUAGCUGCUCAAGGGAUGGUUCUAUAUACAUUUUCUCGAUAGAAAAAAUGGACUCUAUUUUUUUGUCUCAGAAUAAUUCGUCCUCUUUAGGGGAGGUCACAAACAGUGGACAGGUUGAAAAUGCGGUCACUGCAUCCAUGGAUGAUGAUCAUACAGAAGGGGAAAAUCCGCAAAAGGGGCAACACUUAAGCAGUUCGAACGACACUACUGGUGUGUACAGCGAAGAGUUAGUGUCUACGGGGAAACUGCUCACCGGAAUGGACGAUCCGAACGGAAGGGAAGGUUCUUCCAACGGGGGGCUCCCCAAUACAGGAACUACCACUGAGGAGAAGAAGUUAGUGCUGUCCGAUUUGAGCGCAGAAAGGGGGGACAACCAAACGGGUGACGGUCUACAUGGAGCCAAGCAGAAGAGCAAACUGAAAAAUAACUUCCUCAUAUAUGAUCUGGAGAACAAAACUAAUUAUCUGCUGAAUGAGGAAGAAAAAGAGAGCGACGAUAUCCUGAUCGACUUCUACUAUGUACAAAAGAAGAAUAAGGAAUUUUUGGAAUUACAAAAAAAAAUUACAAAUUUGAAAAACCAAAUGGAACUGGAAAUGAAAAAUAGGGAAUCGAUACACAAGUCAGAGAUGAACAAACUGGAUAAACAAAAAAAUGUAGAAAUAAAAAAUCUGCUAAAGAUAAAUAAAAACAUCCUUAAGGAAAAGGACAACGUUGAGGAGACGUGUAAGAAAUCGCUCUACGAAUUGGAGGAGAAGCACACCUAUUUUGUGAAUCAGCUAAAUGCCCAAUUUUAUUUAACGAACAAAAUAUGCGAGGAGAAAUUUUUGAAAAUCCAGGAGGAAUUCGAUUUAUAUAAAAAGAAAUCGACGGAGGAAAUUCUUGACCUGAAAAAGGAACACCAAAUGAAGGUAACACAACUGACUACGCAAAAGGAUGAAGAAGUGAAGAAAAAAAAUGAACUCAUAGAAAACCUUAAAGAGAAAUACGAAAACCUGCAGAAGGAGAAGGAAGAGUACAUAAAACAGAUCGAGGAGGACGUGGAUGAGGAGAUCCUGCUCAUAUCGCAGAAGUACGAGCAGCAGAUUGGUGAGCUAAAGAAGGACAAGUACGACUUGCUUGGAAAGUUUAAGCUGUACGAGCAUAUCGAGGGUGAGCUGAAGGAGAGCAUUCAGCUGGAGAAGGAGAAAUUUGUCAAGAACAACAUCACUGCGAAGCGGCUGCAGGAGAGCAUCGACCACCUGAAGGGCGAAGUGACGACGCUGAAGGAAAACCUCACAGAGAAGGAUGACGAAAUCGAGUGCAUGAACAAAGACAUGUCCAACCUGAACAAAAAAAACGAAGAACUGGAAAAGCUGAAAAUUGUCUUGUCGCAAAAAAUAAAAGAUUUAGAGUCCAAUUUAGCGCCCAAAAAUUCAGAAAUAAAAAUUAUGAGAGAAAAAAUUGAAGAAAUGUCAAAGUGCUUUGAAAACAAUCACAAAAAAACAGUAAACUUGCAGAUAGAAAUUAAUGAAUAUAAAAUGAAGAUAAAAUCUCUGCAUGAUGAUUUACUAUGUAAUAAUAAGACGAUUGGAAAUUAUGAAAAAAUUUUGAAAAAUUUACAGGAGCAUAUUAAGGAAUGCUAUUUACACUUGCACGAUAAGAAAAUUUUUAACGCGUCCUUCCUCAACUUGUAUAAUAAGUUCCACAAGGUGAACGAUGUAAAGAACUACGACACGAAAAAUGUCUUCUCGGAGUACGUGCGCCAGAAGGAACAUCUCGAAAAUAUGAUUGACGUGCUGAAGGAUAAGCUGCAGAAGGAGUCGGAGGCCUUCCGCACAGAGAAAAUAAAAAUGAUGAACGAGAAUUCGCUCCUUUUGAAGGAAAUUAACGAUUUGAAGGUGGACCUGAAUUUCCUCAAGGCGGAGUGCCACGACGCUAAGCUGGUGAAUCGCAAGAUCCAGUUUCUGCGCAAGUACAACAAGAAGGGCGGGGCGGGCAGCGCAACCAAGCAAGUUCCCCCGGAGGGGUAA